GCUUCUUCAUGAAAACAGAAUUCAACGAAUUGACAAAUUAUCUUUCGAAGGCYUUGAAAAUCUUCGAAAACUGUCAUUGAAUAACAAUUCCAUCGACCAGAAAACCAUUCCAACAGACGCAUUCAAGAACCUGCGUAAACUAAAAWAUCUGUCAACAGACAGCUUCAUCAUGUGCUGCUAUGCAACCAAGUCUAUUCCAGACCUUAACUGUGUCUCCCCUGGCAACGAGUUCUCCAGCUGUGACGACAUGCUCAAAAACGCCGUAGUAAAAGUCUGCAUUUGGGCGGAAGGUGUUCUCGCUACCUUUGGCAAUCUGGCUGUCAUAACAUGGUGGAUAUUCCUUUCAAGAAAACGACCAAGAACACGAGGUGUAAAGAUAAACAGUGUCCAGUCCUUGUUAUUUUGCCAUCUCGCGUUUGCUGAUCUUCUAAUGGGAGUAUAUCUUCUGCUCAUUGGAACUUACAAUGAAAUAUGGAAGGGAGAAUACUUCUUGCACGACGUAGAGUGGAGAGCCGGUGUGAAGUGUAAAAUAGCAGGCGCCGUUGCCACUUUAUCCAGCGAAGUUUCAGUCAUGGUUUUGGUUGCCAUAACGGCCGAUAGGAUAAACACAAYUCUUUUCCAGUUCUCAGGCAGACGCACUAAUCUGAAACUGGCUCAUGUUCUGUGCCUGUUUAUUUKGGUCGUUGGAUUUGUCAUGUCUUUUACUCCCCUUUUUGUUCCAAGCUACUUCAACGACAAAGUACUAGGCUUCAGUUUUUACGGCCGUUCAACUGUCUGUCUGCCGCUACAGUUGUCCAACGAUCGCCCWGCCGGCUGGGAGUAUUCGGUUGCUGUUUUCAUUGGCUUCAAUGGCGCAGCUUUCCUUUUCAUCCUUGUUGGUUACAUCAGUAUUUUCAUAAAAGCUCGAGAAUCUGCUCGAAAAGUCCGUUCGUCAUCAAGCUCUGACUCUGCAUUAGGAAAGCGGGUUCUGUUUGUGAUCCUGACGGAUUUCUUUUGCUGGAUGCCUGUCAUGGUUCUUGGCGUUAUCUCUCUUUUCCAUGACUUCAACGAACCUUCUGUGUAUAUCUGGGUAGCAGUAUUCGUACUUCCCGUCAACUCCGCCAUCAACCCAGUACUGUACACCUUCUCGUCCUCUCAAACAAUCAACAACAUGAAAUCAAUCAGGAAAAGAUUGUGGAAAGGUAAAGGUAAUGUUGUCCUUGGUGCAUUGGGAGGGGCAGGGUGA